AUGGCUCAGUUUGUCUGCGCAACCCUAACAUCGAGCUCAAGGACCAAAGACAUCCUUUACAAUUUGGCCCUCGGCAGUGGUUCCCAUGAUCUCGACAGUGUUCUGAUGAAUGAUGGAUUUAUAAAUGUUUCAGAUACCCUGAUGGCUCAGUUCGUUUGCGCAACCCUAACAUCGAGCUCAUGGACCAAAGACAUCUUUUACCACUUGGCCCUCGGCAGUGGUUCCCAUGAUCUCAUCAAUGUUCUGAUGGAUGAUGGAUUUCUAAAUGUUUCAGAUACCCUGAUGGUUCAAUACCCUGAUGGUUCAGUUCGUCUGCGCAACCCUAACAUCGAGCUCAUGGACCAAGACAUCCUUUACCACUUGGCUCUAGGCAGUGGUUCCCAUGAUCUUGUCUCUAUGUUUGGAGAUGUUAAGUUUGUGUGCAUGGGCGGAACUCCGAAGCGCGUUGAGCAGUUUGCCUACUUCAUCAUGGACGAGAUCGGCCACAAGCUACCCGCGGGCACCACUCUGCUCGAUAUCAGUCAGUUCUCGUACAGAUACUCCAUGUACAAAGUGGGGCCUGUUCUCUCCAUCAGUCACGGAAUGGGCAUCCCUUCAGUAGGGAUUUUGCUGCAUGAAGUGAUCAAGCUGAUGUACCACGCUCGAGUUCGAGACCCGAUCUUCUUCAGAAUCGGCACAAGCGGUGGCAUUGGCAUCGAGGGAGGAACUGUCAUCAUAUCAGAAGAAGCUGUCGAUGGCAUGCUGAAUCCUUACUUUGAACUGCCAGUCUUGGGAAAUGUUGUUCGAAGGCCGGCCAAGCUGGACAAGAAACUGAUCAAAGAGAUGUUGGCCUUACGUAGCAACGAGGAUCCUUACGACACUGUUGUCGGCAAGACCAUGUGCACUACUGACUUCUACGAAGGUCAGGGUCGGCUGGAUGGAGCUUUCUGCGACUUCUCUGAGCCGGAGAAGAUGGAGUACUUGCAGAAACUGCAGCGCCACGGAGUCGUCAACAUUGAGAUGGAGUCACUGGCGUUUGCGGCGCUGACUCAUCACGCAGGCAUCAAGUCGGCCGUUAUUUGUGUGGCAAUCAUAGACCGUCUCAAGGGCGAUCAGAUCCACGCUCCGAAGGAGGUUUUGGACGAAUGGCAAAUGAGGCCUCAGAAGCUUGUGUCUCGCUACAUAAAGCGCUAUCUGCAGAUGAAGGGCAGAAUCUCCCUGGACGACUACUCGGGCUCCAGUUGUGUCAAAAGCCCUCGUCGCUUCAAACUAGUCCAACAGGAGUCAGAGAGCUACGACUAAAUGUGAUAUUUAUAGUUUGUUAUCAUCACUCGCUUUAUUCGCUGGACUGGUUUAUAGGUUUAAUAUGUUACGAAUGAGCCAUAAAUUUAUUUUGUUACAUUAUUUGGAUUGUUAUAGAUUUAUUUGCUCAAAUGCUAAUCGUAGAACUGUUGCGAGUUAUUCUGUUGAAAAGUCUAAAGGUGAAAAGUCCAGGGACCACCUUACUAAUACAUCGAAUCUCAAGCAUUAAUGUACGUGUUUUUUGUACGUCUCGAUUGUUUACCGAACCACUUGAAUGAGAUUUUGCUCUAGUCGAGUUGUUGUGAUUACCUACAAUUUGUUUACUCACUAGAUUUUACUUCAUAACAGGAGAAACUUCAAGCGUAUUUUUGGUUCCAUGGUAAAAGUUCCAUAUGAUAUGAAUUUUUUAAAUAAACAAAAUAUAUCAUACUAUGUAGACCUUUGAGUCUAAGCUUUACUCUUAGUUUUUAGUCAUAGUUCGUGAAUUUUGAUUGGUAUAAUAGAUCAAAACGUGUUGAAACAAGCAAAAAUAAAAUACCUAACAGUAUUUUAACCAGUCCAGUUAUAGCAUUCCAUGGUUUGUGGAUUAACCAAUCAGUCUAUGGUUUAUUUUAGCAUUCCUUUAUCGACAAUAGCCUAAAUUUAGUAUAGAUGAUUGUGAAUUGUUAAGUUUUAUUUCUUAUAUUGUAAAUCUUUAAAACGUACGAUAGUAGGCUAGUAGUAGUCUAUUGUUAGUCGUCACAUUCGUGUAGAACGUAUUAUAUAUAGUUCUUUUGUAUGGAGAAUUGAAGCACAUUCCCAUUUUUUCAGUUGUAUUAAUAAAUUUGUGUCUGUUUAUUUUA